GGAGAUGAUGUUGACCACGAUGAAUCAUAAUCGUCCUGAGGACCUUCCAACUCUUCCAAGAGAUGAGAAGAAACCUCGCGGCCGGCCCGAUGAACCGGAACAGCGGCCGACACCACAUGAAAUGAAUCCAUCUCCUACUGUGGGAAAAAAUUACCAGCUAAACUCGGAAGUAGAUUCUCGCAGCCGAGUAGAUGUGGAACACCAGCUGUUAGUAUCUACUAAAACGUCCGCUACCGCUGCCACAACUUCUACCGGGAAUCAUCAAAGCAAAGCUGCAGCUGCUGUUGAAACAAGCCAGCACCACAUCCCUGGAUCGGCGAGCUGGACGUCGAGGGAUCAUGAACAAGAAACUUCUAGUGCGCAUUCAUCUUCUCGCACCGUGGCACAGCAAACAAGCAAAAAUCGAAAAGCAAAGCGUGUGACGCGCUUUCGGAACGUGAACGAGGCCGAGGACGACGAGGAGGACCACGAGGACCACGUGCCUGGCGAUGACGACGAGGAGAGGACUUCUCACAGCUCUGCCUCUCGCCGGGCGAAAAACUACACAAGUUCUAGUUCUACUACAUUUCCGCAUGUUGUUGACGGCCACGGGGUGGAUCAGGAACAGCAUGCUGGUGUCCGCCAACUACACGCUCCUUCCGCUGCUCCCGGGCAGCUGCCAGAUGAUCCAAAAGCUGUCGACGAGCGCCCCAUGACCACCUCCAGAGUAGAGACGGCCGGAGGUACUAGAGGCUCUUGUCGCCCCAGCAGCAGAUCAUCAAAAACUCAUACUACUGGUGGUCAACACACUUCUACCACGUGCAGCGCAUCAGCGGCGGCAGGAACACAGAGCUUUGCAACUUCUCACGGAACAAACGCCAAAGGCAGUAAGAAAACUAGAAAUAA